AGGAAACAGGUUGUUAUUCUGCCUCACUGAGAAGAGACAGAGACGGAUGACAAGAUUCACCUUCUAACUCAAGCCACAACUUUUACUCACGCUGUCGAGAAUACUGGUAAUACUAGAAACACUGUAAACACUGGAGAUACUGGAAUUCUGCCACUUCAACCUGCUGUUGACUCCACACUGAACCAGUUGUACACUUUUCAAGGAGCAGAGUGUGACUCUCAGAUUUCCUGUUGCAGCCGUCGGCCUGCUGUGUUUUCAGCUUCACUCAGAGACUAAAUGGCUUCCAGAUUAGAGGAGGAUCUCUGCUGUCCUGUCUGCCAUGACAUCUUUAAAGAUCCUGUCAUCCUGUCAUGUAGCCACAGCUUCUGUAAAGUCUGUCUGCAGAGCUGGUGGACUGAGAAUCCAAACCGUGAGUGUCCAGUUUGUAAAAGACAACAUUCAAGAGAGGACUUAUCUCCUAACUUGGUCCUGAAGAAUCUGUGUGAGAGCUUCUUACUGGAUAAACGUCAGAGAUGUUCAGAGUCUCUCUGCAGUCUGCACUCUGAGGAACUCAAACUCUUCUGUCUGGACCAUCAGCAGCCAGUGUGUCUCAUCUGCAGAGAUUCAGAAAAACACUCCAACCACACAUUCAGACCCAUCCAUGAAGCUGCACAACAACACAGGAAGCAACUUCAGGAAACUCUGGAGCCCUUAAAGAACAAGUUAAAGGUUUCUGAACAAGUUAAAGUCAAGUUUGAUCAAACAGCAAAACACAUUCAGGUCCAGACCCGACUCACAGAGAGGCAGAUUCAGGAUCAGUUCAAGAAGCUUCACCAGUUUCUAACGAAGGAAGAGGAGGCCAGGAUGGCUGCACUGAGGGAGGAAGAGGAGCAGAAGACUGGGAUGAUGAAGGAGAAGAUGGAGGCUCUGAGCAGAGAGAUAGCAGAUCUUUCAGACACAGUCAGAGCCACAGAGGAGCAGCUGAGAGCUGAAGACGUCUCAUUCCUGCUCAACUACAAGGCUGCAGUGGAAAGAGUCCAGCGCUGCCCCCUGCUGGAGGAUCCACAGCUGCACUCAGGAGCUCUGAUAGACCAGGCCAAACAUCUGGGCAACCUGAGCUUCAACAUCUGGAACAACAUGAAGGACAUGGUCUCCUACACUCCUCUCAUUCUGGACCCAAACACUGCUGGUCCAGAACUCAUCCUGUCUGAAGAGCUGACCAGUGUGAGAGGAGGAGUUAAACAGCAGCUUCCUGAUAAUCCAGAGAGGUUUAAAGAUCUCUUCUCAGUCCUGAGCUCUGAGGGCUUCAACUCAGGGACUCACAGCUGGGACAUCGAGGUUGGAAACAGUUCAUGCUGGGAACUUGGUGUUUUAUCAGAAUCUGUCCAGAGGAAAGGAAGUAUGGGACGUGGGUUAUGGAGAAUAUGGUUUGCUAAGGAUGAAUACACAGCAUUCUCCCCAUCACAUCCUGACACUGUUCUCCCAGUGAAGACGAAGUUUCAGAGGAUCAGAGUGAAUCUAGACUGGAACAAAGGAAAACUGUCCUUCUCUGAUUCUGAUACUAACACACACAUACACACCUUCACAUACACUUUCACUGAGAGGAUGUUUCCAUAUUGUUACACUUGGGUAAAUGAGCCACUAAAGAUUCUACCAGUGAAGGUGUGUGUGACUGUAGAACAACACUAACAGAUGAUGAUGAUCUCUGUCACUAACAUGCAAACUCUCCAAAAGCCACAGACAAGGAGAAGAUUCCACAACAGGACUUUGUGUACUCUGAACACAAACACAGAAAACAGCAACAGACUUUGGACUGACAUCAAGAAAACAGUCUUUGUAUCCGUACAUCUUUCUCAGUCAGUGUAUUGUUUGACAUGACUAUGUUGUCAUCAGAAUAAUCAUCAGUUCAUCAUCAGAUUCUUCAGACAAAGAUCAAUAUUACUGUAGAAACAUUGAAUGACUUUGAUCAUCAGAUCAGUUCUGAAUAUGUUCUAUUCAUUUACUGAUAGUAAAUUAGUUUUGAUCCUUAAUUACAUUUAUAUGCUAUAUUGGCAAAAGUAGAGGUAGACCGAUAUAUCGACCGGCCGAUAUUUUGGGCCGAUAUAUGGACUUUUUUUCAAUAUCGGCCAUCGGCCGAUAUUUACAAAUAAAAAGCCGAUUUGUGAUCAGGCACCCGUACGGGCAGCUGCCUCGACCGCUUUUCCCUUAGAAGGACCCCCGGCACUCAGAGAGCGGAGCAUGAGCGGAGCGAGUGAGCCAGGCAACAAGCGUCGCUCCACACCUGCUUAUUUGGUUAAAAAAACAGGCAAGAGAUUUGUUUCUUGGUAAGAGAGAAAAUGCAAUGUUGAUUUAGCCUUUAAAAGUCUUUACUCUGUGAUCAUCAAACUGUAAAAGUUAGCCGUUGAAGUUUUAGCAUCAGCCUCAGGCAUACAAGCAAGUGAGAAAGUGAAAGUAAAUCUGUGGAUGCACUGUGUGUGUGUGGUGCACGCCUAUGCCCAGAGCGAGGCUGCUGCACGUCCCUCAUCUGCACACCCAGCGUCUGUAUGUUUAUAUUAUCUAAUUAUACUAGCAGCCCCCACCCCACAUGGAUUUUAUGAGAGUGUUUGGAACACCUGAGUUCAAUUAUAUAGAGGGGUGUCCCAAUACUUUUGGCAAUAUGGUGUAUAUUCCUGAAGGACAUUUUAAAGUCUGAUUUAUGUUUGACUCCAUUGCUUUUUAUUUUUAUUUUAGUACACUCUGUUUCUCAUAAAAUGGGUUGAUCAUCCAUCCAUCCAUUAUCUAUACACCGCUUAAUCCUCACUAGGGUCGCGGGGGGGUGCUGGAGCCUAUCCCAGCUGACUCGGGCGAAGGCAGGGGACACCCUAGACAGGUCGCCAGUCUGUCGCAGGGCUACAUACAGAGACAAACAAUCACUCUCACAUUCACACCUACGGGCAAUUUAGAAUAAUCAAUUAACCUCAGCAUAUUUUUGGACUGUGGGAGGAAGCCGGAGUACCCGGAGAGAACCCACGCAUGCACAGGGAGAACAUGCAAACUCCAUGCAGAAAGAUCCCGGGAAAGCCAGGACGCAAACCAGGGACCUUCUUGCUGCAAGGCGAAAGUGCUAACCACUACGCCACUGUGCAGCCCUGGGUUGAUCAUUCAACACAUAAUUCAGCUGCUCUCAACACACACACAGUAUGAGAGUUAUUACAGGGUUUUACCAGCAGUUGUGGAGAUCACGACUAACCGAGACACAAAUAGAACAAAGACACUGGGACACCUGAGAUCUCCAAGAAGUCAUAAGUGUAAAAGUGAGUGGCGAACAAAAUAAAAAAUAAAUAAAUAAAUAAAAAACACUGUUUGACCCACA